GUGGGGCCGCUCCCGGCUAUAAAUCCCGGCCAGAAUUCCCGCCCGGAAUUCCAUCCGUGCGUCCGUCCGUGCGACUCUCGAGCUCCGGCCGUCGUGUCACCGACCCCAUGAGCUUCUCCCGCCGCACCGUCUAUUCCAGCUCCGUCCGCUCCGGCGGGAUCGGGACCCUCGGGACCCCCGGGAUCGUCCCCGGCCGCCGCUUCGCUCCCCUGGGCAGCGCCGCGAGCGUCUACGCGGGGGCGGGGGGCGCGGGGUCCCGGAUCUCCGUCAGCCGCACCCUGAGCAGCGCCGGGGGGGCCUUUGGAGCCGGUUAUGGGGCCGGUUAUGGGGCCGGCCUGGGGGGCAGCGUCUUUCUGGGGGGCUCCGGGGCCGUGGCCAACGAGAAGGAGGCGAUGCAGGACCUCAACGACCGCCUGGCCACGUACCUGGAGCAGGUGCGGAGCCUGGAGCGGGAGAACCGGCGCCUGGAGACCCAAAUCCGGGAGUUUAUGGCCCGAAAGGGACCCAGCGCCCACGACUGGAGCCCCCAGUGGGAGCUGAUAGAGGAGCUACGGGACAAGAUCCUGGAGAGCACGGUGGAGAAUGCACGGACUGUGCUGCAGAUCGACAACGCUCGGCUGGCGGCCGAUGACUUCCGGGUCAAGUUCGAGGCAGAGCUGGCCAUCCGGCAGUCAGUGGACAGCGACAUCGCCGGGCUGCGCAAGGUCUUGGACGACACCAACAUGACGCGGCUGCAGCUCGAGGGGGACAUCGAGGCCCUGCGCGAGGAGCUGAUCCUGCUGCGCAAGGACCAUGACCAGGAAGUGCAGGACCUGCGGGCGCAGGUCUCGCAGUCGGCGCUGACGGUGGAGGUGGACGCACCGCGGUCGCAGGAUUUAGGGAAGGUCCUGGGCGAGCUGCGGGCUCAGUACGACGCCCUGGCCCAGAAAAACCUGGAGGACCUGGAGAAGCAGUGGGGGCAGCAGAUCACGGAGACCACCCUGGAGGUGACGCAGAGCACAAAGGACCUGGACGUGGCACGAGGCACCGUCGGGGCCCUGCGUCGCUCACUGCAAACCCUCGAGAUCGACCUUGAGGCCCUGCGCAACCAGAACGCGGGUCUGGAGGCGGCGCUGGCCGAGGCCGAGGCGCGGGCCGGGGCUCACCUGGCGCAGGUGCAGCUCCAGGUGAGCGCGGCCGAGGCAGAGCUGCGGGACGUGCGGGCGCAGCUCCAGCGGCAGAACGAGCAGCACCGGGAGCUGCUCGGCCUCAAGGACCGGCUCGAGGCCGAGAUCGCGACAUAUCGGCAGCUGCUGGAGGGCGGCGACGGCUUCAGCCUGAGGGAUGCCCUGGACAAGGAGACCACGGCCACCACAGCAGGGACAGGGACCACCCAGCGCGUGGUCACCGAGACCAGGGAGGUGAAGGUCCGCACCUACUGAGGGGGUCACGGGGGAUCCCCGGGCCACAAAACCCGGGGUGUCCCCGAGCCCCUCCAGAGCCAAAUAAAGUGGUGAUUCCCAUGAAUGACAGAUGGGAUGUGUGGUGUGUGUUUCCGGGGGAGGACAUGGGGAUGGGGACACGGGGGUGGGGACACGGGGGUGAUACCGGGAGGAAACU